GCAUAAGAGCCGAGCGGGGGAACGUGCGUGUCUCGAGUCGCACGGAGGGCAACCGUCGCCGGGCUUAGCGCCUCAACUGUCGUUGGUGUAUUUUUCUGGUGUCACUUCUGUGCCUUCCUUCAAAGGUGGUGCUUUGUCCUUGUGGGUCAUCUGUACUGAUUGCGCCAAGCAAAGCAUUUGUUCUCCAAAUGUCAACUGUCAAGGAGCAGCUAAUUGAGAAGCUAAUUGAGGAUGAUGAAAACUCCCAGUGUAAAAUUACUAUUGUUGGAACUGGUGCCGUAGGCAUGGCUUGUGCUAUUAGUAUCUUACUGAAGGAUUUGGCUGAUGAACUUGCCCUUGUUGAUGUUGCAUUGGACAAACUGAAGGGAGAAAUGAUGGAUCUUCAGCAUGGCAGUCUUUUCUUUAGUACUUCAAAGAUUACUUCUGGAAAAGAUUACAGUGUAUCUGCAAACUCCAGAAUAGUUAUUGUCACAGCAGGUGCAAGGCAGCAGGAGGGAGAAACUCGCCUUGCCCUGGUCCAACGUAAUGUGGCUAUAAUGAAAUCAAUCAUUCCUGCCAUAGUCCAUUAUAGUCCUGACUGUAAAAUUCUUGUUGUUUCAAAUCCAGUGGAUAUUUUGACAUAUAUAGUCUGGAAGAUAAGUGGCUUACCUGUAACUCGUGUAAUUGGAAGUGGUUGUAAUCUAGACUCUGCCCGUUUCCGUUACCUAAUUGGAGAAAAGUUGGGUGUCCACCCCACAAGCUGCCAUGGUUGGAUUAUUGGAGAACAUGGUGAUUCUAGUGUGCCCUUAUGGAGUGGGGUGAAUGUUGCUGGUGUUGCUCUGAAGACUCUGGACCCUAAAUUAGGAACGGAUUCAGAUAAGGAACACUGGAAAAAUAUCCAUAAACAAGUUAUUCAAAGUGCCUAUGAAAUUAUCAAGCUGAAGGGGUAUACCUCUUGGGCUAUUGGACUGUCUGUGAUGGAUCUGGUAGGAUCCAUUUUGAAAAAUCUUAGGAGAGUGCACCCAGUUUCCACCAUGGUUAAGGGAUUAUAUGGAAUAAAAGAAGAACUCUUUCUCAGUAUCCCUUGUGUCUUGGGGCGGAAUGGUGUCUCAGAUGUUGUGAAAAUUAACUUGAAUUCUGAGGAGGAGGCCCUUUUCAAGAAGAGUGCAGAAACACUUUGGAAUAUUCAAAAGGAUCUAAUAUUUUAAAUUAAAGCCUUCUAAUGUUCCACUGUUUGGAGAACAGAAGAUAGCAGGCUGUGUAUUUUAAAUUUUGAAAGUAUAUUCAUUUGAUCUUUAAAAAAUAAAAACAAAUUGGAGACCUGUGACAUAA